AUUCAUGAUUUGCGAGAUAUGACAGAUGCAGUCUAAGCAGCAUCAGAACGCAAGGAUUCUACGUUGGCGCCUAGCCCUCCAGCCAUACCAGUUCACCAGACAGUAUUGUCCCGGAUGUUCCACUUAAUUGAAUUCCAGAGCACCAAAACGGUAGCAGUGGUGCCACAAAACUGGUACAGCGAUGGUGUUUCCUAUUGGCCGAACUACAAAAGUGAUGAAAGAGUGGACAGGGCAGUGAAACAUUCAGAGGAGUCUGGACCUGACUGGAAGACAUACGAUUACUUCGAGGCAAGAAAACUGAUGAAAAAGGUCUCUGACGUGCAACACAUCAGAUUUGCAGUCUGAAGAGGAAGAGGAGGAAUGUCGUUUGAGGAGAAAGCCAAAGCCAAUGACGAUAGUGGGGAGGAAAAUCAGUUGAACAAGAGAGCCAGACAUCAAGCCAAACAGCCAGCUCCGCAACCAUCACCUCCUAUGCCACCACCACCUUGCUGUGUGCCAGGUAGUGGCACAGUUGCCCCUCCUCCACCCACUGAUGAAGAGUACUGGCUGGCUCCAAUUAUCCCACCACCGCCGUGCCGUGUGCCAGGUAGUGGCUCAGUUGCCGCUUCUCCACCCACUCCACCACCUCACUGUGCACAAAAGGAACAUAGGAGAGCAGCAGUAGAUCAACCCUCUUCGGCAAGCCAGCUCUACAGACCUAGUACAUGGCGAGGGGGAAGGUGUGGAUCAAACACCAUUGCCUGUUCUGCUGCUGAAGUCCACAUCAUGAGCUUGCUAGAAUAUAUGAAACACCAACAACACCAGUUAAUCGCAAAGGUUAACUAUCUUACCAGCAAGCUCAACCAUACUGGCCAAGACAUGGACAUUCCUGAGUGUGUGCAGUUUCCACUGGAUACGAUGGAGGAAGUGCAGGAUUUUGAAGACUGGCUCAAAGACCCUGCCAAUUCUCAAUCAAAGCAGGGGGUGAUUUCCUCCCUAGCAACCCUCGGGGGCCAUGACACUAAACGUGUAACCUGGAACAUGCUUGCCCGGAUCUUCAGUGAUGCAGUUGGGUGGCAGAUUAAUUGGAAAGCGGUAAAUGGAAAGAAACCAUUCAGUCAGAUGGCAUCAAAAUCCUUACUCCUGCGCAAAUACCGUGAGGAAGAGUCACGUAGCCCGUGCGGCUACAGAGGAAGAUAUUCAACGGCACGCUAUAAGGUGGUUCAACCUGGCGGCAGACAGGGGAACCGCGAGGAGGCGUGCCAGUGUCCCCACUGA